ACGAUCGAGGAGGAGAUAUAUUCUAAACAGCAAAGUUGCAGUCUCCAAUCCAAAACAGUCCAUCUUGAUCAUAUUAUGGCCAUAUCUAAAACCACACUGGCUAUAGCGCCAGUGGCCGUGGCAGCUCUUCUCUAUCGACUCGUUGAGUUCGACCCGGCGCCCAUGCCCGAGGAAGCAUUGUCUAGAUCUCCCAAUGUGCCCGCGAAUCGAUAUGGAGUGCUCGGAUCGGCGGAGCGUAUCGGGGAGGGCCUCCUGCCAAGUAACGAAGACCUUGCUUACGACGCCGAUACGGGACUGUUAUACACGGGUUGCAGCGAUGGUUGGAUUAAGCGUUUCCACGUGGAAGACUCUGCUGAGAAGGUGAAGGUGGAAAACUGGGCUUACACAGGCGGCCGACCUCUUGGUUUGGCUUUCGGACCCGACAAGCAACUCACCGUCGCCGAUGCUGACAAGGGACUAUUGAGGGUGAUUAGUAAUGGAGAAGGAGGAGCAACUCCAAAGGUGGAAUUGUUGACGGAUGAGGCGGAAGGAUUGAAAUUCCGGCUAACGGACAGCCAGGAUGUGGGAAGAGAUGGAGUGAUAUACUUCACAGAUGCAUCGUACAAGUAUAGUUAUGCAGAUCACUUGUAUGACUUGCUCGAGGGUAGGCCCUACGGUAGGCUGUUGAGCUUCGACCCAUCCACUAAUGAGACCAAAGUGUUGGUACGCGACCUAUACUUCGCCAAUGGGGUUACCCUCUCACCUGACCAGGAAUUCCUCAUCUUCUGUGAAACGAUGUUGCAAAGAUGUAAUAAAUAUCACCUCCAAGGCAAGAAGAAAGGAAUUGUGGAGAAUUUCAUCGACAAUUUGCCCGGUAUGCCAGACAACAUCCGAUACGACGGAGAUGGCCACUAUUGGAUUGCGUUAGCCGCGGGGAAGACGGCCAUCUGGGAAACACUACUGAGAUACCCAAUAGCCAGGAAGGCGGUGUGGAUAUUGGAAAAACUGAAACUCCCAUUACCAGACAUGUUUAGUAAUGCGGGAGUGAUAGCCGUGGAUUUGAAAGGAGAAGCUAUUGCGUACUUUACUGAACCAGGUUUGUUCACCAUCACCGGUGGCCUCCAGAUCCGCAACCAACUCUACAUGGCUUCUCUUGCCAACUCCUACAUCAUCCGUUUCAAUCUCACCUUCCAUCUUUCUUAGAAAUUACAUAUUGAAUAAUCCAGCAACUGUCCAGUUUGUUUGAGGAUGAAAAAGAAGACGUUUCUUUUAUAUGUGUUUUGUAAUUGUGGAUUUUGCGACUGAUAAGAAUGAAUUCUCUCUGAGGUGGGAAUGAUAAGAAUGAGUUUAAGAAAAAAAAAAACAAAAAUUCCGUUGCCGGGAAUCGAACCCGGGUCUCCUGGGUGAAAGCCAGAUAUCCUAACCGCUGGACGACAACGGAUGGGUUGUGUAAAGUUGAGUGAAUAGUUUUAACUAAA